AUGGACCCCGAACAGCUCACUUCCUUCGUCUCGGCGUCAGCUGGCGUCGAGACUUCCACCACCCUUACCGGUUUCGACUCCGUUGCUGCUUCUGCGAAUGCUCACCACGACUCGCGCUCCCCAUCUGCAGCCAGCACUGCCACGGAGCGCCCCGCAUCCCACAUGCAAGAAGACCCUUCUUCUCCGCGGAAACCUCCCUCGGUUGACUCCAACUUUUCGAGCGUGCAAGGAAAAACGGCGGGCACACCCCCAGAUCACGCUCAAAGUGCAGAUGGUGACGAGACCGUCAGCUCCAUCUGGGACGAGUCUGUCCACAACAAGACGUCAACAGCUCUUGUUCCGUCUGUUUCUUCACAACAAGCGCCUGCACCAUCAACAAAUCGGCCAGAUUGGAUGACAGACGACCUCGACGAGUCAUGGCCAGAAGAGAAUGCCCAGGAGCAAGCGACUCCGACCAAAGGCGAUGCACCUGCUGGCGACGCUGCCACCGCCUCUGCUGCCUCUGCCUCAGUAAGAGCGCAGUCGCCUGCACGACCGCGGUCGCCAGUCGGCCCUGCAGCUCCUCUUGGGUUUUCAGCCACUCCUUCAUUGGCUUCGAGACCUGACAGCAUCGCAGCUCUAUCUGGUGCACUUCCCGAUCCUGCUUUUUCUGCAGCUCGUCAUCAGGCGCGUCGUGCUUUGCUCAAAGCAAGGCCCUCAGCUACUGGUCUUCCCACUCCGCGAGCGGCAGGAGCCAUCAGCUCGCUUCAAGCUGGACCGUCCACCCCUUCGCUCCGCCUACCCAGUCACCAGAAUCGCCGAAAUCGUCUUCGUCGUUCCAACGCAGAGAACGACGAGGGUAACAGCACCAUCUGGUCCGAGUCCGAGUCCGAUUCCGACUCUCAGUCCGAGUCGGACCCCAAUGAAUCGGCACCAGACGACUUCGAAAGCGCACGUGGCUCCCUCGCAGAGAAUUCUCGUAUCACAAAUAUGCAGACCGCUCAGCAAUCUAGAGCUGUAUCUCAACAUGAUGCCCGGUCUCCAACAGCCGCUUCUAACGCGUCCAGCGCCAAAGGCACUUUCAUUCACAAAGCAGAUGCUUCCUCAUUGCCACCAAUCCUGCGUCCCGUUUGGCAAAGUCCGACAAAGGGCCAGAACGGACAGAAUCGCAAAGCGGCUACCGCUUUGGGUGGUGACAUGUUCACCCCGAUGAAGCUUCAGACCAUGUUCAAGACACCCACACCCCCCGAAAAGCCUCUACAGAACAUCAUGGAAGCCCUUCAUCCUUUCACAAUUCCAGAUGCGCCGACUGGCAACAAGCAGCCCGAGACCGCAGAGGCACGGCAAAGUGCUACGCCGCCAGCUCAGGCAGCGGAAGAGCAAAGCCCGCCCAUCGACCAUGAUGCGGACGCACCUGCUUCGAAUUCAUCACCAUUUCAAGCAGUGGAAAGCGCAGGUGAGCCUCGCACGGUCGCGAACCUUGGUGUGCCAAGCACUCCCUUUACUUUCCAAAGCCCUCACGCAUCCGUGCAGAGCCGUCUGCAAGCUUCUCGCGGCAUGGUCCCGUCGCGAUCUAUGCAAAACAUGCAGAAUCUGCACCCCAAUGGAACGCACGCCACGGCGUUGGCACGCCCUGCUUCAGCUGCUGCCGACUUGGGCCUUGCUUCAGGCCCUCCUACACCGCACACGCCAAUGCGUCUUUUCAAGUUCAACUAUGAUGAUGCCGUCACUCGAGCCAAGCUCGAAGACAUGGUCAACGAACGAACACCCUCGGCUGCUCAGCAACCUGGACGAGUUGUCGACAUCGAACGCGAGCGCAAACGUCUGCGUCUCGACGUAAAGCCUCGCAAGGUUUUGGGUGGAGAUCUCAUGUCCAUGCCUAUGGUAGGCACUUCAGCUCCGGCUCAUUCCUCCCUCGGUGACACAAAGGCAUCCGCACAACCACUCAGUAACACGCAAGCUUCUAACUCUACGCGUCCACCCAUUGUCGACUACGUCAGGGAGUCAACCGACUUCAUGAGCGCGCUACAAGAUGCAGUCAGGGGUCAAUCCUCGGGGCCAGAUAUGUCCCCAGAGUGGGCAACCGAGGAGGACGAGUCGUCUGGCAAUGGCAUCGAAAGGACACAGCAGGCGUCUUUCCAUCAGGGCAAAGCAGAUGCUUCCCCUGCUGCUUCGCCUACAUCUCCGGCAAGACCUCGCCGCUCGGUCGGCCUGGGCCACAGGAAGCGCCCAUCGCAGCAUCAUGCUGCCGCUCGUGAAGAUGUGGUCCCCUCUGCCAUCGAGCAGGGAAGCCCACAGCGCCUGGUCUCACGCAGGCUGCCGCCCGACUCGUCCUUCAUCACCGAGUCUAGCUCGAACGACAUUCCCAUGUCCUCAACACUCAAGUCUCGAGCGUCGCUAUCGCGACGCAUGGCUGCGCUGGCCAAUCGGGAAGACUCUCCGCGCAAGCUGCUACGUCGUAUCAGUGCCAGUGCCAUCGCCGAAGAUGAAGUGCGAAGAGAAUUUGAAGGCCGAGACGUUGCACCGGGCGACUCAUGGCAGCCUGUCAAACUGGCCGAAGAAGCUAUUGCUUAUCGAGACGAGCAGAUACGCCAGCUGGAAGAUCGCAUCGCACGAAGACGGCUGUUGCAUGCUCAGGCGAGAGCAGAUGCAAACGAGCAGAUUUCGACGGAAGAGCCUCGUACUAUUCAGAGACCGCAAAUGAUCACUCUGCACGAACCGACGCUGGACGCGAUAUCAGCGCGACGUCAACGUCGCGGCCACGACGCCUCGGAAGACGAUUCUGAAGUUGACGACAGUGUGCUGUCCGAUAGGUCCGGAUUGCGUACUGAGCAAGACGGGAACACGCGUCGCUUCCAAGAUGGCAUCGUCUUGUACGAUUCCGAGCGCAUACCUGAUCCGCCGCUGGCCGACCCGUCGAGAGUGCUACGCAACAUUGCCUCUGCCGCUGAACUGCGCAACAAAGUUCCAGACCGUGCCUCCAUGGCUCGCGCGUCCUCCUUGCUAGCCCUGCCUACCCAACCGACGGCUGCGAGCAUGGGCUUAGAAGAGGCCAACCAGCCCGCUAGACGUGGAGACCGUACCGCUUCCUCCCAUACCUUGGUCGACCCGAGCGGGGCUCGAACGGUUUCGGGCGACGCUGGCUCGCAGCUGACCAUCUCGGAUCUCGGUGGAAAAGGUGCUACGAUCACUCGUACUGGCAGCCUCUUCAACAUCAGCCAGAUUCCCGAGCAGGAGAUCGAAAGCCUGGGUCGGGGCAAGCUGACCUUCAAUAAAGAACUGCAUCGCUGGGAAAAGGUGCCGAGGUCUCGUUCGUCGCAAGAGGACCUACGUUCAGCGGCAGGCUCUCGAAACGAGAUUGUCGAAGGGAUGCCGACGAGCAAGACGCCCAUCCCUCCCAUUCCAGAAGCUUCUGCCGAGUUUUCAAAGAGUCUUGACGUCUUCUCCGAGUCGGCAGAGGAGCAGCAAGCGCGAGCCCAGCCCGGCGCCCACGCCAGUUCGUUCCAGCAGCGUCUUGGCAACCUCUCGGGCAACAACGUGAGUGCUGCCGACGGCAAGCUGAGCGACUCGAGCGACCCAUUUAGAGACUUUGAGAGCUUCGGGCAGAGCUCCCACGCUCCUGCCUCGAUCUCUGGUGCCGCGGAGGCAGGGGACGAAUCCACCCCGAAACCGGUCAAGUCGCAUAUGUUUGUCUCGACCCGCGAGUCGCGACAGCUGAAUCGAGCCACCGCAACUGCAACAUCGUCUCAGCAGCCGCAAGCGAGGGGCUCGCUCCCCAAGACCAAGACGCAUACACAGGAUGGGGCACAGAUGUCGAACCUCAGUGCUGCAUCCGGAAGCGUGACACCGAAGCGACUGGCUCCACGCCCGUUGUCAUCAAAUACGGUGCCGAGGUCGAGCUCUUCGCUGCGAAAUGUCGUCACCUACAGUCCAGAUUCGAGCGUCAGCAGUCAUCCCUCGAGCUACGGACGGCAUGGAUCCGACGGUCGAGUCGAGGCCCCCUUGCAACGACCCAUCUCCCCCACAUACAACCUUAGCGAUGGCCAAGCUCAACCUGCACGCUCAAAACGAGCUCGCGAAAGCGCAAACGCACACGGGUUCGCAACGCCUGACCGUCGCGCCGCCCAUCAGCAUCUCGGUACGCCAACUCCCAGGGCCUCGGUCUCUUCCAUCUCGACACCCAAGUCGAUUCUCAAACAGCCUGCCGCCUUCCGCAGUGAUGCUGCGAGACGUCCGAACGCAGGCUCGCACAACGCUUCUAGUAACUCUGGUGCAGGCGGCGGAACACCCAAUCGAACGAUCAGUUUUGCUGACCCACCGCCGGCCACACGUGGACGAGAUCUAGGUUUAGCUCCGUUCUCGCAGGUCAGAGCUUCAGUGCAAAAGGCUCCAUCGUCGCUCGAAGCAACCGAGGAUGCGGAAGCCGGCCCGGAAGACGGUCGCACGCAGGCAAUUUCAAGCGCACUCAAGAUGCUGGCCGACUUGACUCUUGGCGAUGACACAGCUGUCUUGACUGCUGGUGCCCUGACUCCUUCCAAGAUGCGAGACGCAAGUGCAAACCGAUCUCACUGGUCUUACCGCACCCUUAGGCGACCGCGCAAAACCCGACACGACGAGAACGACGACGGCAGCGAGGAUCAUAGCUGGCAGCAGGAGGAAACGUACGACGAGCUCCAUGGCUACCCAGACAUGACGCUUUUGACCGAUGCGUCUUUCAACUUUGCCCAUGACAAGGUGUUGGAAGCCAUCACGGACGUCGAGCCGUGGGAGCCCGGCUGGGACGAGCUACAGACGAUCGACUUGAGCCGCCGCCGUCUCGAGUCGUGCGUGCGCCUCAAGGAGUUCCUGCCGGUGCUUGAGGAGGUUGACUUGCGCAACAACGAGUUGUCGUACUUGACAGGUAUUCCAGCCUCGGUACGUGUGCUCAAUGUAGCCCAGAACCGUCUCACUUCGAUGGCCUCGUUCGGUCACUUAUUGCAUCUCGAAGAACUCGACAUCAGCGGCAAUCAGAUUGACUCGCUCACGCAUCUCAGCUGCCUCAAGCACCUGCACACGCUGAAAGCCGACGGCAACGCGAUCACUUCGCUGGAUGGCAUCGAUAGGAUUCGUAGCCUGGCACACGUCAGCUUGUCUGGCAAUCGGCUCAAGGGCAUCAAUCUGGCCACGACGCAGUGGGCGGGCUUGGAGACGCUCGACGCAUCCCACAACCAGCUCAUCUCGAUCCGCGGGUUGUCUCUGAUGCGUCGUCUCAAGUCGCUCAACAUCGAUCACAAUGAGCUCAACAUGGUCGACCUGUCGCCUGUCAUGCCUAGGUUGCGCGUGCUGAGGGUCAGUGGUAACGUGCAUCUGCAGACGCUCGACGUGGCGCCAGCGAAACGACUGCGAACACUGUACGCGGAUUACUGCGACCUCGACCGCAUCGACAAUCUGGACCAGCUCGAGAACCUUGACAAUCUCAGCAUGCGACAACAGGCCGAGGCUGCUGUCGCUUGGCCUGCUGACCAGCUGCGGGAUGUCCGCCGAUUGUUUUUGUCGGGCAACGCGUUCCCGCAGGGCAUCUCGACGACCAGUAUGCCAGCGGAGGUUCGCAAACCAAUCGCCGCGCCUCUUGCAGCGCAGCCCCCGCUGGUACAGCCACUUCGCUUCCUGAAUUUGGUCUACCUCGAGCUGUCAGCUUGCCAACUGAUGCAAUUGCCAGAAGAUCUGGCCCAAGUUGCGCCCAACCUGCGCUCACUCAAUCUGGACCACAAUCUCAUCUCGACGCUACCCAAUCUUGCCGGGAUGCACAGACUCAAGCGACUGAGUUUGAUUGGAUGCCGGGUCAAAAAGAGCAAGGCGAUCAUCACGGCGGUGCGCGCCCUUUCGGAGCUUCAGGUUCUCGAUUGUCGCACCAACCCGUGCACCCUUGGUUUGUACGCUCCUCUGAUUGCCCCGUCUGCUACCCCCGCACAUCGAGGCGAGGAGGGCGGCAGCAGUCACGACAUGGAUGCAAUGGCAGCCGCGUGGCUGCCGCCUGUGCCCAACGCGCAAAUUGUGCAGCCGGAUUUGGCAGCCAGCGAACGUCGACGUGAGGCGGAAGCGCAGCGCCAACAGAUCGAGCUGGGAGAGAAGUCGCACUUUCAUAAGCGUCGACCUCCGCUGGCAGACUACGCGAUCGAUCCGAAUGCUACCUUGGCUAAGGAUGCGCUGGAGAGGGAGACGGCGAAGAGGGCCGCGGCGGACGGGACCAGCUACUCGAGCCUAUUUUUGGCCGCGGAUGCAAGGUUUGUAAGGACGCUGCCGAAAGUGUUUUACGAGCGGAGGGUGCUGCACAGAGGGUUGUUGGCAAUGGCAUGUCCGAAGCUCAAUUGGAUCGAUGGCUUGCUGGUGGACGAGGAUGAGAUCGAGGAGGCGGACGAGCUGGUGCAGAGCCAUCGCUUUGACCGUACGCCCGUGUCGUAA